CGGGAGCUGGCGCGCGUCCGCCGCGCAUGCGCACACACGCUUGUAAGAAGGCCGGGAGUUCGAGGUGGACGAUGGCGGAGCUGGGUGAGGCGGACGAAGCGGAGUUGCAGCGCCUGGUGGCAGCCGAACAGCAGAAAGCGCAGUUCACGGCACAGGUGCAUCACUUCAUGGAGCUAUGCUGGGAUAAAUGUGUGGAGAAGCCAGGGAAUCGCCUAGACUCUCGCACUGAAAACUGCCUCUCUAGCUGUGUGGACCGCUUCAUUGACACUACUCUUGCUAUCACCAGUCGCUUUGCCCAGAUUGUACAGAAAGGAGGACAAUAAGCCAUCCCUUGGGAGAAUGACAGAAGAAACAAAGGACUUGUUAGAGCAGAUUGAUGGGCCACUGGGGGAAGGUCGGCAGCCCAUUGUCAGGUGAACUUGAGGCUGUUACCAAGCCUGUUGGUGCUAAAAAGUCACAGAUCAAAUGUUCAAAAAGUGAAAUUUAUUUAUUUGGAAUUCAGAAAUUCCAUGUUGUAUCACAACAGUUGCUCAAUAAAUGUGAAUUCUCCAA